GCGCCCAGUCUCUCGAUGCUGCAGAGCGUGUUGUGCUGCCGGAAGAUAUAAAGUCUACGGCAUUUUUAUGCCCGCCUAUGUCAACCAGGACACUGUCGUAUCGACCUGUAUGUUCCAUUAUUACUGGGUGCGGUUCACCACUAGGGAGUGUCACAAUGUCUACGUUAACUCAAUGAAUUUGAAAUAGGCUUUUUUUAAAUGUUAAUUAUGAGUUGGUAAAAAGUAAUGGGCCAUUACAGCCAGUGUCCAAACCGUAAACAAUUGGGGCCAUAAAGGGAUAUAGUUUGAUACAUUACUGAAGAAAAUGUUGCAUAAAUAUUUAAUGGAAAGUGUGUAAUGUCACAGUGUAAUGUGGCAGCAGUUUAGGAAAGUUUUCGGUAUGGGCCUCCCAGAUCUAUCGGAGGUGCGUGCUGAGCGCGAUGUCCUCCAAUCGCGCAUGUCGGAGCAAGCGCUCAAGAUAUCCUCGCUGUCAGCCCGGCUGCAGCAGCAGAGGAACGAUGCUGAAGCGCUGGCGCACCAGGCGGCCAGCCAGCUCUCCGUGCAACUUCACGACGCUUUAGCCGAGGUGCAAAGGAUGAAAGAGGAGAUAGAAUCGAAAGACAAACAGUUGGCGAGGGCAAAACAAAACUUGGAAGAACGAGAGAAGUUCAAUGAACAACACAACAGUCUGUAUGGAAACUCAUGUAACCCAAAAGACAAAGUAAUAAUUCUGGAACGGGAGCUCUCUUCCGCACAAUCGCGCAUCGCACAACUGGAAGCGCUAGUGCGUAGCCUCGAACAAGACAAAGAUGAGCUGCAAGCUACGCUCAAGGAACAUCAGAGGACCCUGGCCGAAAAGGAAGACCAGUUGCAAGAGCUUUUGGCACUAAAUUUAGAAGAAAACCAAAAAGAUGAAAAGGAAGAAGCGGAAGGAAAAGCAUCAGCCAGAACACUAAGUGACAUUGUCUCUAUAUCAGAAUUUGACGAACAAGAUCUGCAAAUGCGCAGGGCAGAGCUCAAAAACCAAAAUACAAGCCUGACUGGCGCUCUACAUGACACUAACAAAACACUAAACAAGACUUUACCUCCUGAAGGACAGAAACCAGACAUGAGUUCCCUCAACCUUGAAUUUGGUGACCAUUUCGAUAUAACAAGUUAUACGCCACGGGCGGACUCCUUACCAGCUCAUUUGACGUCUACACAUAAUAAAGAUAUUGUAGCAAGGUAUAAGAGAAAUGUGAACGAAACCGCGGUAUUUGGAACAAUAGAUAAAUUCGGAGAUAGUGUGAAACAUUCCACAGCACAGAAUAUACCAGAUAACUGUUCCAUGUACCCUAACAAAGAUGCUUCGGCGAGUAAAAAUAUGACUGUGGAACCGAAGAAGAUAAACUUCUCCAUUGAAGUGUCUAAUGACAAUAGAGAUCAAGACAACGAAUUUACUUCUCUUAGAGAUUUGGGCGUCACAUUAGAUAUUAGGCAAGAAAACUUCCCGGACAUACUGACGCAACUGAAACAUGAAAUUAAGAAAUCCAGGUCUGAAUUAGAGAACUGUAAAUCCGAGCUAAAGAACGCUGAAGAACAAUUAUGUGAAUUUCCUGCCUUGAAAGAAGAAGUUGAAGAACUAAAGGGUUUGUUGGAGAAUACCAUGGCUACAAUGGAGAAUGAUAAGAAAUUCUAUGAGAAUCAAUUGGAAAAUUUCUCAUCAAACAAGAAAUUGUUGGAGCAAAGACUCACAGAACUAACACAAGAAAUCAACGACAAGUCGAAAGACUUACAUCUGCUCAAAGAAGAUAUUUUACGUAGGGAAAACAUGAUUCUAGAACUUGCCAAAGAAAAACGCAAUUUAACAAACAAAAUGACAGAACUCGAAGUUAAAAUUGAUGAACUUCAAAGUCGAAAUACUUUGCUAGAGAAAUACGAAUCCGAGAACCAUCAAAUGCAUGAAAAGAUUGUCGAGUUACGAAAAGUAGAACAGUUGGUUACAGAAAAAAAUCAGCAGAUUGACAGUCUGAACCAACACUUAGACAGACUUGAUGAUCUACAAAGAAACCUUGACGACAAAACUGAGGAAUUUGAAAACCUAAAAGAAGCGUUCGAAGAGAAAUCCAAUGAAUUAUUCCAUAUGCAAGAUACAGUGGACGCUUUGAACCGUGACAAUGCCAAGUUAAAUGACGAUAACAACCUACUGAUAACUUAUAACAAAGACUUAAAACAAAAAUUGACUAAAUUAGAAAAGGAGCAAGAGAACGCAUCACUGAAACUGCAAAGCAGCGAAGUGGAGCUCGAGAGAGUGAACUCCUUAAAUAAAGAAUUGGCAUCAAAGAUUGAGGAACUCAAGUUACUGAACGACAAAUUAAAAGAUAAGGAAACGGAGAUAGAGAUUCUUAACGAAGACAUUAAAUCUUACCACGACGAGAUCGCCUCUUUGAAAGAGCAGCUUAAAAUGGUAUCGCGUAGUCCUUCCCCGCGGAGUAAGAAUGGCGAGGAGAAGAAGACCUCUGAUCGUCAAGCGAGUAGCGAUAAGAAACAACUGGUGAAGAUAAGGAAACAAAUAUCGCUUAUGCAGCAUGAACUGGACUUUAAUAAGAAAGAGCUUAACGAUAAGGCUUUCGAGCUCGCCAAGGCGAAGCUGGACAUCACGGAGCUGGUGAACGACGCGAGCCAGGCGAAGCGGCUGGCGGCCGAGCGGGAGGCGGCCAGCGUAGAGGCGGCGCAGCAGAACGAGGAGCUGCAGCGGCGGCUGCGGGAGCUGGAGGCGGACAGGGCGGCGCUGAGGGCGCAGCUGGACGCGGACAAGGGGGCGGGCGAGGACCGCGCGCUGGUGCUCAGCGGCACGCGCUCGCCCACGCAGGAGCUGGAGCGCGCGCUGCGGGCGCAGCUGCACUACUCGCACGCGCUGGACGAGGACAUCCUGGACCAGAUUCUGUCUGCAAGCAGCGACGAGCGCGAAGAUAUUCCUCGACUUGCUUUGAAUACAUCAAAAUCAUCAAGUUCCAUCCAUUCGUCGUCAUCGGACCGUCUGCACAGACUGCGCUCGGAGAACGACAAGCUGCAGAUGCAGGUGAACAACCUCGAAGCAAGGCUCAAAGACAAGGACGCUCUCAUCACUGAAUUGAACAGGAUCCGCGACAAGCUGGUGCAGGAGUGGCAGGCCAGCCAGCUGCGCUGCGAGGCCGAGCGCGACAACGCGGGCCGCCUGCAGCUGCUGCUCACCACGCAUAAGGAGACGGCCGACAGUCUGCAGAACCAAGAUACCAACAUGAUCCAAAUCCUGAAGAAGCGCCUCGAGAGCUCGAUGCAGUCCGAGCUGGAGCUGCAGCAGAAGGAGCAGGAGCUGAGGGCCCGCGCGGCGCAGCUGGAGCGGCAGCUGCUCGCCGCCGACGGCAGCGACGCCAGCAGGAAGCAGUUGGAACACGAGCUGGCGAACAACGAGCGACUGAAAGGCGAGAUCUCGCUGCUGAAAUCUAAGCUGGAAGUAGAGCGAACGCGCUACGGUGACCUGCAAGUCCUGCUGGAGCACACCAAGCUGCAGAGUCAAAGGGACUUGGAUGCGAAGGGUGAACAGUGCAAUGCACUCAGGAACGAGCUCGUCACAUUGAAACGCCUGAAGCACGAGGCGAGUGUGGAGCUGCUCCGCGCCAAGGAGCUGCUGAACAUCCAGGGCAGCACCAUCGCCGAGCUGGAGAAGAAGCUGGCUAGCGCCGUGCUCAAGCAAGGGUCCGGCGCCGACACCCUGACGGAGAUCGAGGCCCACAAGGUGGACCUGGUCCGCGAGAUAGCGGCGCUGAAGAAGUGCCUGUCGGACGCCGCGGCGCCCGAGCGGCAGCCGCUGCAGGCGGAGCCCGCGCGCGGCAGCGGCGCCGACGAGAGGGACCAAGCUAUUCGCUACCUUCAUGGCCGCUGCCUGCGUUUGGAAAGCUGCCGCAAGGCGCUAGUGUGGCAAAAACGAUAUCUUCAACGAGUAUUGGCCGGUUACAACGAGUUCGAGAAGAGCCUUCGGAUUCCAAGUAGAGGUGUUGAGGCCAGCAGGGGGAAGAAACGGUUUAAGUGUAUAGCGACGGUGGUAAUAAUAGUGCUUCGCAUGGGCUUUCUGGUCCGUCGGCGGCAGCACGUGCGCGCCUUGUCCGCCAACUGCAUACUGCGUCCAAGGGACUUUAAGAGUACUCCCACAAGUCAAUACAACACAUCGACGUCGCCUCCGUCUCGUGACCGCAGCGGCGUCGUCCAGUCGUCGCCGGCGCCGUCGGCGUCCGCGUCUCGGCCCGCGGACAGUCUGGCGCGACGCGUCAUGAAGCAGGAACUAAGGCUCAAUAUGCCUUCUUCGCCGACUUUUGGCGAUUUUAUGAGAAAAUCACCGUAUGUCAGCAACUCGCCACGCGAAGAAGGUUUUCUAUUAAGUUCACCUCGCGGAGAAGUCGCAAGUCAAUACCUCAACAAACUAGAACUGGUGAGCAGGUGUCUCAACCAAGCUAUGGACUCCUCUCGCGAUGUGCCGUGACCGCCAUCUUAUGAUGUCCGUACAUUUUGACCAAUCAUGUUGCGCCAUUACAGUCUCAAGCUCUGAUUGGCGCGCUAUCACGCCAUGCGGUUUUCACCGUAUAUGUUUGGUUGGCUGAAACUGGCAUUUGUUUUUCGAAAACUUUAAUCUUUACAUACAUCGCCCCUAUUAUAAGUAUUUUUGAUGAUUGUUGUUACAGUUAAAAGUGGGUGGUGUGUGUUUAGAAAUGUAUGAAUGGAUUUAUACGUAUUGUCCAGCCGCGUGAAAUGUUGCUCAUUUAAUAAAAAUAUCUAAUUUCGUACAUUUCUAGAGAUUAAGUGGAUUUGUAAACAAAGUCAUUUGCAUUUUUAAACCUAUUUUAAUUUAAAACAACGUAUCCCACUGCAUUUCCUAAAAUUGGCCGUAGAGCUAAGUAUUAGAUUAGUGCCAAAACAUUUUUAGUUGUGUCUUACUUACUUUAAUUUAUUUAUUUGUAAGAUAAAUAGGGUAAGUUUCAAGUCGGAGGACCUAAUUCCAAGUGUUUUUUUUUGUUACCUCUCCGCCUAUUUAUAUUUUUAGAGUGCUUGCGCUGGGUUAUGAUGGUGACAUUAACGUGUUUUACAAUUACAACACAUCUUUGCUGUCAGUAAAACAAUCUAGAAUAACAACGACAUUUCAGGCUGAAAAAACCAACCAUUUUAUUAAUUUUGUUUACAAAUUUGUCAUUACGGUUUAAUAUAUUCGAGAUGUAAUUGUAAGACAUUAAAAUUAGUUCUAGAUGUGAAUAAGUCUUCUAUUAAAACGACUUGUCGUCCUAACUUGCCUUACUUCUUUUGAACACAUAGAUGUAUUUUUGACAAAUUAUUUAUAUAUAGAUUUUCAAUGGAUUUUAAGGAGCACUGAGGAUUAUUGCAUUAUGAAAUUUUCACUAUAUUGUGGUCAAUAUCCAUUAUUGCAUCGCAUUUUUACCGUUUCACAGCUGGAUAUCAUACUUAACGUCAUGACAUUAAUCGAUAUAAAAUUUUAUAUUACAAUCUGUAAACUACAGUUAUAUUAUAAAGAAAUUUGAUAUAUUAUUA